GAGACUUCAGAAACAUUUACAGCUUUGGGAAGACAGAAAAAGAUGUAGAAAGGAGGUGAAGAUGAAAGAGGAGUUCAAGAAGAUUAGAGGAUUGGAAGAAGAGACUAGGGAACGAAUGAGAGGAUACAGAGAUGAUAGAGAGAAACAAUGCAGCACCUCCAGAAAAUAAGCGGAAAGAGACAAAUACAGGUCGACAAGUUCAGAAAAAAGAGGAGAAGGAAACAUGAUGUGAGUGUUGAAAGUUAGAAACCUGCAGCAGAGAAAGUGGAAGGAAAAAGUGCAUUAAUUGGAGUUGACAAAAGGGGAAAAAAAAGAGUGGGAAAGAGGAGGAGAGAAGCUGAGAGAAGGGAGUGGAGAGGCAGCUGAGGGGGAGAGCUGGAAAAUAAAGAGUGUGACGGACGAGCUGAGGGCAGAUAUGAGGAGGAGAAACAGCAGAGACGCUUCGUUCACCGUCGUGUUUCCAGACGCUCUGAUGCUGUAAGAAAAAAAAAAAAGCCUCCUGAGCUGCUGCUGCUCCAAACUGAACGCUAUCAGGACAGAACAGGCAGCUGCCAAACCCACCGACACUCUAAACACACUGACUGAUGCAGAGAGGAGGCAGCGCUGGACAUGAAGCGUUUAUUGUGCUGGACUUGGUUUGACAGUUGGGAAUAACCGGUUCUUCGUGCUGCCAGGCAACCAGCAAAACCAAAGAAGUCCAAAACAGGAGCAGGCAGACGACCAAAGCCAGGCUGAGAUCAUGGACAGGGAGACGACAGCUGCUUCAGACUUGGUUCAGGAGUUAUCAACGGAAAUCAGAGUUUGUGUGAAGCUCAGACAGUGAAGGACACUUCAGAACAUCAACCUCCGUGGACAGCAUCCAGAAAACCAUGUUUGAUUGCUGUCGUGUUUGAAGAUGAAGUGACAGCAGCUGGAUCUGGACCCUGACAGCUUCACAGCUUGGAUGUUUCCAUCGGACGAAACGGGACAACAAAUUCUAUCCAGGAGAACUGAUCCACCAGUGGCUGGACCUUCCAGAUACGGGAGUCUUUAUACUACAAUCACUGAGACACAUUCACUGAACUCCAAUGAUCUUUAUUUUACUAACUGUGGGACUUCUGGCUGCAUCUGUAUUGAAUUAGGAUGUCGGUGAAGCUGCGAUUCGACUCCCCUUCAGAUGGAGGUUUGGUCCACAGGAGCCGAUCCUUCACCGGGUUCAGCUCUCUGACGGGUCGACGACGGCCCCCCUCUGCUCGUAACUCUCUUCGCUCCAAAGCCUCGACCGGAGGUAAAUCUCCCAGAAUGCACCUCUCCCCCCGCAGAGGUUCAGGAACUAUCUGGUCCAUGCAGCCGGAGCAGGUCGACAGGGUUUUCCAGGCUCUACGCAAAGGACUCAACGAGUAUCUGGAGGGUCACCAGGCUGAGAUGGACUUUUUGUCUUCACAGCAGAGAGAAACUAAAAGAAACUCCAGAUUGGCUUUUCUCUAUGACCUGGAAAAGGAGAUCAGAGCACUGGAGAGAUACAUAAGACGAUUAGAAUUUCAAAUCAGCAAGGUGGAGGAGCUGUAUGAGACGUAUUGCAUCCAGUGGAGGUUGUGUCAAGGAGCAGUCAACAUGAAAAGAGCUUUUUCUCUGUCGCCGUCCAGCAGAGCGUCCAGAGAAAGUUUGCUGGAGCUCGGCCGCAACCACCGACACAGUCUGCAGGACAUGUCGGCGAUGGAAGGAGAGCUAGAAAUCCUCCUCGGAGAGCUGCACAUCAAAAUGAAAGGUCUGAUCGGCUUCGCUCGGCUCUGCCCCGGAGACCAGUAUGAGGUGUUGGUGCGUUUGGGUCGCCAGCGAUGGAGGAUCAAAGGGAGGAUCGAGUCGGACGACACUCAGUCGUGGGACGAAGAGGAGAUGGUCUUCCUCCCUCACAUACACCACAACUUUGACAUCAAGGUGACGGAGGCGAAGGGUUUGAGUUGGCUGCUGGUCGGCAUGGUGACGUGUGCGAGCGCUGACUUCUUCGUGGCGAGGCCUCAGCUGAUGCUGGUGGACAUCACUGAGCUGGGAACCAUCAAACUGCAGCUGGAGGUCACCUGGAAUCCAUUCGACAGCUCUGAGAAGAUGAGGCCGCUGUCCGUCAGCAAACAGUCGGUGUCGAGCAGAAAGAAUUCAGUUUACAGCUGGACAGCGCCGAGUACUCCGUCCUUCACAGAGAAGUACUUCAUAUCGAUGGUUCGAGAGUUACAGGUUCAGGAAGGUUCGCUGCCGUCUCUGGUGUCUAAAAGUCGCCACAACAGAGGAGGAGUUUCUCUGCUCAGCUACCUGUCCAACCCAUCACACACCUCCAUCGCUUCCAGCAACAGCCCUCAGAGCCCGAACACACCGAAUCUGACCAGGGCUCACAGCUACCCAUCCAGCCCCAGUCAAGGCACCAGUUUUGGGGGAAGUCAAACUCAGCUGUCCCUGGGAGAGGAAGAAUCUGUAGAGGAGCAGGAGGAGAGGAAGAGGAUGGAGGAGAGGGAGGAGGAAGAAGAGUGGGGAGGUGAGACGCCUUCUUCACCAGAGGAGAGUAAAACUGGAUCCCUGCAGGCCUUACAGAGAUCCAGCACUCCAGACAUCCUCAGAAAGAACACAGAACCAGAACCUGAGAGGCAAAGUGGAGUUCUGGGUCAGGACUCUGUCAGUGUGCAGGACUCUCCAGACUCUCAGACAUAUUCUGACUCAGUUCCACCCUCUCAGCCUCCAGCUGGAUCUCUGUCUUCACCCCUUCCAGCUGCUUCGACUCCAGGGAAGCCGGUGGUCAGUGGAGCCCAGCGGAGAGCUCAGGCCAUCAGGCUGGGAGCUCUGGUAACAGAGCUGGAGAAAAGCCUGCAGGACCAGAGCUCCUCUGACAAGGAGAUGAGAGCUUUGGACCACCAGGUCCUACAUCUGGCCACCAUACUGAAGAAUGACCUCUCCAUGCUAAAGAGCUCCUCAUCAGAGGAGACUUUGGCUGUGGAGGAAGUCCUCGGCAGCUUCGACUUCCUGUCACAUGACUUCAACGCUGAUGAUGACACUUCCUGUCUGGGCAGCCUGAGACUAAAAGACAGCGGCAUCAGUUCGUUCCAGCAGAGCACUCUGAGGAGCCUCGGCCUCCUCUCUCAGGACAGCCAAUCAGCUUCUGAGGAAGACCUCGUCAUUGCCCCGCUGACUUCUGGGAACUGGGGUCUCGACCAGGCUCUGGAGACUCACCUGGACAUCUGCUGCAUCCUGCUGCAGAUGAUGAGGACAACUGACUUCGCCCCGUCCAGGAGGGAGCUGCUGCAGGAAAUGUCUCUGCAGGCUGAAGUCCUGGACAGAGUGAGCUGCCUGUUGCUGGAGAAGACGGACAGCAUCACCGCUAGAGACAUCCUGCCAAAGGCCCAGAGAACGAGGGAUCUUCUGCAGUUCUGGGAGGAUUGUGCCAACGACAGCGGCUCUCCUUUCUGUUGCCAUGCCGACAGCUUCUCCAGGACGCUGAAGAAACGCUACACCCACAAGGUGAAGGCCAAGCAGCCCGGGCAGUCAGAGAAAGUGUUUUCUCAGCUCCUGCAGCAGGUGCAGGCCUCCUGCCGGGUGUUGCCCAGCUGUCGCUCGGUCUGCAGCCCAGACAGAGUCUCCCUCUUCCAGCUGUCGGUGUAUCUGAAGCGCUGGAGCUUCCUGGAGCUUGGAGAUCACAUCUCCCGCCUCUCCAGAGAAGAGUACGUCCUCUCGGCCCUGCGGAGCCCCAAAAGGAGGCGGGCUUUGAAUAAGCUGAGGGGGCGGAGCCUCUCAGAGCUCCUCCCAUUGGGAUGCACCCUGCAGGCACUCGCCUCCCUGCAGAUCGAUUCCAACCACAAAGUCUGCAAAGCCGCCACCAACUGCAUCUGCAGAGCCGCCAGCUACAAGAACUUCAGGAGUAAAGCGUUGGUUUACUACACGGAGAGUUUGAAAAGCAGCAAUGUUCAGAUCCAGCAGGGCUCUUGUCUGGCUCUGAAAUGUCUCAGGGCGACAGAGAGUGUCGACCACAUAGCAGAUUUAUGGAGAUCAGCAGAUGAAGAUCUUCGUAGCGCUGCCAGAGAAACUGUCAUCUCCUUUGGUAAAAAAGGCUACCAGGCCUUCCAGAAGAUGGACCAGCUGGACUCUGAGAUGCAGGAAGAGGCUUACCGGAACCAAGAGACUGAGAUUACCAUUUUAUAGGAAACAGUCUCAAUGAUGUUGAGUGUCAAGGAGAGAGACUGAGUAUAAACCAAGUUUGUGCCUGAGUUGGAUCAGUUGAGUUGUUCUACUUUCUGGGAAACCUUCUGAAAAGUCAUGUAGCUACAAAUCCCAAAGAAACGAGUGCAGAAAAUCUAAUGAAAGUGGCUUCUUCUUCCUCUGGAUGGAUCUUCCACUCACUGAUGUAGGAGUUUUGUUCCAAAGCCUCAUUAUGUAUUAUUUUACUGAGAACUUGAAUUUAUGUUUGACAGAUUUCUACAGUCUUGUUUAAAGAUGUUAUGUCGCAGCAUCACUUUGUAAUAUAAUCAGAUUUUCCGGUGUUGGGGCUGUUGUUCAACAACCAGUCGGCAUGGUUGUUUUAUUGGAAAAUGAAGGAGGAAAAUGUUAUUAUUUCACAUAAUAUCGUAAGUGUGUUGGUAAGAAGAAACAAGGAGCUACAAUCCAGAAUAUUACAUUAACAUUAAACCUAGAAGGACUAAUUAAACUCAGAAUAACAGCUCUAAAUUGAGCCUCUGCAGCCUGUGAAUGUUGAAUUUUAAUGUCAAUCAAAGUUCAGUUCUACAGUCCUUUACAACAGCCUAAAGGGUGCCCAAAUGCUUCACAGUGAAAAACAAGAGAGGAACAAAUGGCUACUGAAAUAUUUCCACAAAUCGGAGCUCAGACUUUCGAGCUUGUUUUUUUUUCAUUUUAGGUAUAUGGAGGUGCAGACUGAUGUUGAUACCAGCAGACAUGAUGGCUGAAUUGCUUUUAAUGUUAUCAGAAAAAGCAAACUUGACUGAAAAUGUGCUAAAGCCAGUGCAGCAAAUUUCCGUCAUGGAUGUUUUCUUCAAACUGCAAACAAGAUCAUGUUUCUUUAAGAACUCCUGAGGGUACGUAAGAGAAGUUCUUGACCCAUCAUAGUCUUUAACUUCAGUGCACUUGGUCCACCGAUGUUCAUGAUUUUAUGUGCCUUUGGAAUGACCUUGAGCCUCCAGAUACUCUUCAACAACAUGCACGACUUUAUCAUCUCAUGACAGCAUGCAUGACUACAUCAUCACUCUGAAAAUGGCGACCACACAAGUGAGAUUUCAGUUUAGGAAGCAGAAGUCAGAGUGUAGGACAGUUGAGUAAGGUUCAUCAAGGAAACAGUUUGGCUGCUUCUGCCACCUGUCUGGAUGGACACAUUGACCUGGAGCAAUGGCACCCAGUUCCAAGUCUUACUCUCCUUGCAAAAUAAAAAAGACAACCACAAUCGUUUGAGUUUUUGUUGACAGUGAAGGCUUUAGAGUAUACAAUUAUCCCUCAGAAUGGGAGGAACACCCCUUAUUUCUGCAUUUCCAUUGAAGGAACCUGAGUCUAUGACAAGUUCCAGGUUGUUUUAAAGUCCCUGCCCAGUGGUAGGUAUUCCUGAAGGUAAAUUUAAGCUUUUUGUGUCCAUUGUGUCUGGAAAACACACAUUUUGUUGUCUACCUGAGUCCAUAAGGCUGUCCACGAACCUCUCUGCAGACGUUUGCGUGCAGCUUAAACUUUGCACGACUAUACGUACUGCAAAUGUAGUCCAUAGCUUUAUAAUUACGUCAAUUACAAUUGUUGUAACUGAAGUAGUAAGUGCAGAAACACAGUAGAAGUUCUUAAUUCUCCAGAAGUCCUGUGCUACAGCCAUGGCCAUAAGUUUGGACACAGCAUGACUUCCUAUGUCUGUUUUGAUGUCUAUUACAGAACAUAACUAAUAUUUUUUGACAGCACCAUUUAAUUAGUCAACAAAUCAACAAGGGAUAUAAUAUUAUCAAUAAAUUCCAACAAUUGGAACAACUUUGUUCCCAAAACAUAAUAUUAGAAGAAAAUUUAAAAAAUGCAGUACUUUCACAACCAAAUUUGGUAAGAAUAACAAAAUGACACCAAACUCUUUUGAUGUUUUUUUAAAUAUGAAACUUAAUAUAGUUCUCAGGAGUUGUGUACUGUAUCGUAAGUGACAAUUUUGUGGUAUUUUCUAAGAUUCACAAGCAUCAUGGUGCUUGUGUCCAAACUUAUGGCCAUGGCUGUAUGUCUGACUGCUGUCCGAAAGACUCCCACUGGCACCGUGCUGCAGUACAAUCUGUAAAUAACUGCUAUGUCCUGUAAAAAGUGCAAAUUCACAGGUUCAUAGAAACCUCCGUGGCAGCCCCAAGAGUUUUCCUGUGUUCAGUAUGGCAGGAAACGGAAUCUGUGAAGCAAACAACCACAUCCCAGUUGUAAUGUUCACAGCAUGCAGAUAAAAGGGAAAUAAGGAUGUUCAGUGAUGACAAUCGUUGUGGAGUUUUUGUGGGCGGUAAAGACUUUGGAGUAUACAAUCAUCAGUCAAAAUGGGAGUUACACUGCUUGUUUCUGGGUGGAACUUUUUGAAGUACCCUCAUAAUUUGAAGUGCACACAGUAGGGUUGGAGUGACUAAUCAUAGCAGUCCACUACAACUAGCUAGUACCCAACAACUCUCGUAAUUCAGAUAGUAUGAUUUUCCUAUAUUCCUACAGUUUUAUGGCAUCAAUGUUCAUUUUACAGUGACUACUUGAUGUCUACAUUUCCACUGUGGUUGAUUUGCCCUCACAUUUGAAACACUAAUGACUUUAUCUUUCAAGAAUCAGGAAGUUUCAGGCUAUUAUUCAGUUUCCAACCAACAAAUUAUUGCAGAAAAAUAAAGGACCAAGUCUCAGUAAGUCACAAAAAGAUUUGAACUUAUUAAUUUACAGUCUAAGUUAGUCGACAACUAAUGGUGUUGGUGGUAAUAGUAAAGUCAAAUGAUCAGUCUGCAGGCAGGUGCUGCCCUCUGCUGGCUGCUCCACUAAACUGAAAACAUCCAUUUGUGGUUCAACCAACCAGAUUUGGGUUUCUAAUUACCAUUUAUGACGUCAAUAAAACUUUGCGGGAGGAAAAUGCAUUUUAAUCUGCGAUAAAAUUUAAGCAUCUGUGUCAAAUGUGGUUUUUCAAGAUAACCCUGCAUCAUGUUUAGCAAAGUUUUGGUCAUAACUAUGUUGGAAGAAAAAAAUAAAAUCUGUUGAUUUACUGACUGGUAUUAAAUCCGAGGUCAAACUGGUCAGCAUACCAAAGCUCUCAUGUUGGAAACCCAGCGGUGAAUCAAUUCAAGUCUCACAAGGGAUGCUUUAAUACAGAGCAGCAGGGAAGACACUUUAUCUUUAUUUUGUUUUCACAUGAUCAGAUGCAGAGGUAGAUUAAAAAAACAAAACCGACAAAAUGUUCUGCAUAUAAAUAAGAACCCGACUCUUAACUGUGGCCUUCUCUGGCACAGACACAUGGUUCAGGAUUUGCACUUUAAGAAGGUUUAAACGCUCAAAGGAAGGAUUUUUCAACCCAUUUUUAACACUUUACCUUUCCUGAAAUCAACCUGAAUAAUUCUGACACCUUUUAUUUGGUGAUUUUCCAGACGCUUUUGCUAAAAUCUCUAAAAAUCAAAAUGCUUUCAAGGUUACACUGAAGGAAAAAGAGGCAGAAAGGAAUGUAGAGCUGAGGGAGACUUGUAAGAAAAGACGGUAAAUGAAGGUGUGAAAGGAUAAAUAUUGAGAAGAUGCAUGAUGCUUUGGCACAGAUACUAACUCAUGCAUCUUAAAUUUUGAUCCGAUGGUGGUGCUACAUGGAAACUGAUUAUUCAUUUUGCAGGUUUAUGGGACUUACGGAGAUGCAAGCUCAUCUUGUUUGGUCCCAGCUUUGUGUGAAACUGGUUUUAAUAAAUAUGUAUCAUAGUAACUGGAUGUAUUUCUUAUCGAGAUGUGUACUGGGGACUUAUGUGAGAAAUAAAGGCUCAACAAUCA